AAUCAGCGUCAUCUUGGUCAUUAUUCCUCACCAGGUAGACACUCGUCCUUGCCAUCGUUACCCGGGAGACAGACUACAACAAGUCGUGCCAGCAUAAUUUCCGUUCACUUCGCCGGUGACUCCGCAGCAGACACUGAGUUCGGUGUACGUUCACGUCACAGAGUCCAGAUGGCUUCGAGCGGCGACAGCCUCCCCGACUUAGAAAGCGAGAGGAAAGGGAGAGGACACUGGUCACACAAAUGCGACUACCUCUUUACGGUGACGGGCUAUGCCAUCGGGCUUAGCAAUGUGUGGAGGUUCCCUUAUCUGUGUUAUAUAAAUGGCGGAGGGGCGUUCCUGGUCCCCUACCUACUGACGCUGGUACUGGUGGGCAUCCCGCUGUUCUUUCUGGAGACGGCCGUCGGGCAGUUUAGUUCCUCCAGCUGCCUCGCCGUCUUCUCCGUUUGCCCGGCUUUCAAAGGUCUUGGUCUGGCAUCCCUCGCUAUCAACUUGGUGACGCUAACGUACUGCGUCGUUUUAGUCUCGUAUCCCCUGCUGUUCCUCGCCCACUCCUUCAGCUGGGACCUUCCGUGGGCCUCGUGCGGGAACAGCUGGAAUUCGCCCAACUGCACGGCCGAAGGAGAUGUGAAAGACGGUGUGUCUUCAGCUGAUGAAUUCUUUCACCAAAAGAUACUGCGGGUCUCGUCCGGCAUCGACGACCUCAGCCGCAUCGAGUGGCCGGUUGUUAUCGUGACCUUCAUGGUCUUCGUCUUCCUCUUUUUCUGCGUCUUCAAGGGGAUUAAGAUUCUGGGGAAAGUCGUGUGGCUCACAGUGAUCUUCCCGUUUGUCAUGCUGUUCAUUCUGCUGAUACGUGGGGUCACACUUCCGGGAGCCACGGAUGGAAUCUACUUCUACAUCUAUCCCGAGUUUAACAGACUUAAAGAGAUGAAGGUGUGGGCGGCAGCGGCCAUACAGAUCUUUUAUUCCUUGGGUCCCGGAUGGGGGUCGCUCAUCUGCUUCGGUUCCUACAACAAAUUCAACAAUCGGUGCACGAGGGACGCGCUCAUUGUCCCCGUCCUGAACAGCAGCACCUCCAUCCUGGCGGGAUUCGUCGUCUUCUCGGUGCUCGGCUUCAUGGCCAAGAGAGCUGGCGUUUCUAUUGAAGAACUUGCUGUUGCUGGCGCUGGUCGAACUGUGCAGGACCUUCAGCUGAUGAUUGGACGACGCAUUGGCUACGGCUGGUGGGGCACUUGGCUGGUCGUCACUCCCCUUGUGCUCCUGGGCAUCCUCAUGAACACUGUGCUGAAUCAGUCUGGCGCAGGAUACCGAGGGCAGACCUUCCCGACCUGGGCUCAGAGCACCGGCUGGGUCAUCGCCCUCACCUCCAUCCAAUUCAUUCCAACUUACUUCCUCUACUACUUUUGCUUUAGAACUGCUGGCUCGUUCAAACAGCGGAUCAAGUCCUGCCUGUCCCCGUCGGCCGCCUGGGGCCCAGCCCACCCGAGCCACAGGGAGAAGUGGAUGCAGCACCGCCUCAAGUACCCUCUGCGUCACCGCCUCCUGCAUCCCAACCUCUGUGCAGAGAAUACGUCUCCACCAGAUGUGUUUUUGAAUAUCUUGUAAUUUGUCUGAUGGGGAAACAUGUUUUGACUUUUUUAUCUAGAGACGCGUACAACGUUAAUGCAAUUUUAUAUAGUGAAAAUAACUCAGUAAUUCAAUAAUUUCCUAAAUUUGCACUGUAAAGCUUUAUUCGAGAAAUACAAACAAGAGAGCGCACCUUCACGACUCCCGACUGAUUAUGUUUAACAAAACUGUGGUUAGACAUUUGUGUAAUCAUUGUAUAUUAUGGCUUAAAGAUAUUUUAUUCU